AUGGCUGAUUCACGACCACUUAAAAGAAUUAAAACCACUACUUGUGAUGAGAAAACUACUAAUAAGAGCAUAACUUGUGGUUUGCCGAUGGAAAUAUUGUUGGAUAUUACUUUAAAAGUUGCAUCUCAAUCGCUCACUGACCUUUGUCACCUUAAACUGACUUCCAAAGAGAUGCUCAAUAUAACAAAUGACGACGAUGUAUACAAGCAUGCUUCUUUGGAUACAGUCCCCUUCUUUCGAUUGCAAGAUAUACCACAAGAAGCUUCAUUCUUAAGUCGUUGCAGAUCAAGCGGUAACUUAGAAUCUCUCUAUAGAGAAGGCAUGGAAGUAUACUUCACUAACUUAGAGUUUUACGAAAAGGGAUUGGAUUUGGUACGCAUGGCUGCUGGGAAAGGGCACAAAAGAUCAAUGUAUGCCUUUGCCAUGAUUGUUCUAAUGAGCAGCAACACAAUAAAAAUAGCGUUUUUUGGGACCCAAGAAGUUGAAGACGCUUUGGGGUACCUGAGAAUCUUAAGGAACCAGAAGUGUGUGCUUCAGUGCAGGAGCGAUGUUGCCGAAUUCGUUCGUUGUUUGAGGUGGAAUAAUAUGCGUUCUAAUCUUGUAGUGCAAGUAAGAAAGCGUUUAUGCAAUAACGUUCCAUGCACAAAUACAUUGAGACUGAGAGUUGGAAGUUGGUGCUUUAUAACUGAAGAUGAUGAUGAGAAUGAUCCGAACAUGUGUGAGAAUUGCAGAUGGGACCACGAGGUGGAAGAAUUUUGCAAUAUGAUAUAG